AACCCACAAAUUCAAGGUAAAUAUAUAUGGUAGUUCUCGACACAUUUGGCUUCACAGUGAGGCCUAAUCAUUCAUUUAGACGACAAGUAAAACGUCGUUACAAGGCGUUUUUCUAACAUGCAUUUAUAUGUGACCCAGUCAUCAUACUGAUCUUUGCCAUCGACUUGAAAAAGCUGCGCUCCACGAUGUAUCGAGUUUGAUUGUUCAGAACACCUAUAUACUUAGUCAAAUAGUCAUUCGUGUAGCCUACGAGAUUGAAACACUUAGGAACUACUGUGACUGUCAUGUUUUCAUAAUUAUUUUCAAACACCCAUUGACUUUACUUACAGAUGAUGAAAUUAGUUGUUGCUGUUGCCUGCGUUUUGGCUGUUGCUAAUGCCGGUAUGUACGGUAUGGGAAUGUACGGUCUUGGAGGAUUAGGCAUGGGAAUGUACAACCCCAUGCUUAUGGGUGGUAUGUAUAAUCCUAUGCUCAUGGCUAGUAUGUACAAUCCUAUGCUCAUGGGAGGUAUGUACAAUCCUAUGGCUAUGAUGUAUGGUGGACUCGGUGGUUUAGGAAUGAUGGGUGGUUCAGGAAUGAUGGGUGGAAUGGGAAUGAUGGGAGGUAUGUCACCCUAUGGUAUGGGAUUUGGAGGUGCUGGAUUUGGUUCCCCUGCUUUUGGUGGACAAGAUGCUACUCAAGGAGCAGCUAUAAAUGGAAUUGGCUGCGAUGAAGUGAUUAUACUAAUUAAGUCAAGAUUUGGUGUUCAUGUGAUGUACACGGGUAAUUGAUGUAUCCAAAUAUAUCUAAGGUCAAAUAAAAUUUGAAUAAUAAAAAUUGUUUUACAUAACUUC